AUGAACACAGCUUUAUUACUCUUAUUCAUUUCAUUUGCUUUCUCAAAAGACUUAGUUAGUACAUUUACUAAGGAUGAAGAUGGAAACACUGUUACAUUCACUAAAUUUGAAUUUGAAAAGUGUUAUAUGACAGGUGCAUUGACCUCUAUGUAUUUCACACAUGAUGGUGAUUCUGUAACUUGUACAACAUAUUUAGCUACUAAUGAUUGUUCUGGAUCAGUUACAGCUAGUGUUACUGCUGAUCUUAAUGAUGAAAAAAUCAAGAAACUUCUUUGUUCAGGUUCUGGAGAUGAUGAACAAUGUAGUGUUGAAAUUAAACGAUCACCAAGACAUACUGGAUUCUAUAGUGUAGUUGUAGAUGAUUCAGAUUGUUCACAUAGAGAUGAUACUCCAAGAAUUUAUGUUACCAAAAGAAAGUAUAAAUGUGACAAUGAUGGAUCUUAUUGCAGAUAUAAAGAAGAAGAUAAUGUUAUGUACAUUGACAAAUAUCCAAAUGACAAGAUGAAAGAUGAUGAAAGAAUUUCUCAUGAUAAAGCAUGGGAAUGUGAUAAAUGUUCAGUUGGAAUUAUGUAUCAAUGUGGUGCAGUUUCAACUUUCAUUGUUUCUGCUCUUUUCAUUUUUGCACUUCUUUUCUAA